AUGUCGCGUCUUUUUAUGCGGGAGCGCGUCUUGAGUGGGGUGCAGCCGACGGGGUCACUGCACUUGGGAAAUUAUUUGGGCGCUAUUCGACAGUGGGUUGAGUAUCAGCACGAAUAUGAUAGCCUAUUUUGUGUAGUUGACCUGCACGCGAUAACUAUGCCACAUGAUGCAAAAUCUUUGAGCAGGGAGACACUGGAUGCUGCGGCGUUGUACAUCGCGGCUGGUGUCGAGCCAGAUAUUGCACCUAUCUUCGUGCAGUCCCACGUAAGUGCACAUGCAGAACUCGCCUGGCUUUUGAAUUGCAUGACGCCAAUGAAUUGGCUUGAGCGAAUGAUCCAGUACAAGGAGAAGAAACAGAAACAAGGAGAAAACGUUGCGGUUGGACUCUUCGACUAUCCCGUCCUCAUGGCCGCUGAUAUACUACUGUACCAAGCAGAUCUCGUGCCGGUUGGUGAGGACCAGCGCCAGCAUCUAGAGCUUACACGGGACAUUGCGCGACGCUUCCAUGACCUAUACUGCAAGCGGAAGCGCAGAGUCUUUCGUGAACCCAAGGCGCUAAUUGUCAAGGAGGGGGCACGAGUCAUGUCUCUUGCAGAUGGUAAAGCUAAGAUGUCAAAGUCAGCACCAAUUGACGGUUCACGCAUCAACCUUGUCGACUCACCAGACCUCAUCGCAUCCAAGAUCAAGAAGUGCAAGACUGACCAACUGAAAGGUCUCGAGUGGGACAAUCCUAAUCGCCCAGAGGCCACUAAUCUUCUCAAUAUUUAUCAAUCUGUCACUGGUCUUGAACGGGAAGUAAUCCUGCGUGAUGUUUCUGACCUCUCUUGGGGUGCUUUCAAGCCCAGGCUCACCGAUGCUAUCAUCGCUCACCUCGAUCCUAUCCAACGCGCGUAUAAAGAGCUUGCCGCAGAUCAGCUCUUUCUGUCACAGACUCUCAAGCAAGGUGCACACCGAGCUGACGAGAUUGCAACUAAAACUUUGGAUGAUGCAAAGGGCGCCAUGGGCAUUACCACGAGGAGCGGCGUGUAAGACAAUGGGAUAAAUGGCCAAAUAGAGCAUCGCUAUGUGGAGCAAUACAUGGAACGCAGGCUGUGUGAAAACUUACCCCAUGCGUGCCUUGGCGUAGCGAGUUGUGGCACUUCUAGUAUGACCUGGUUGGGCAUUGCCCCCGUACUCUAUUUCCCCACGGCUUAUGCCGCCGCGGGAAAUACGACGCGUUCUAGUUUGGACCCCACCCGGGCCCCCGGCGCCUGAGUAAAGCUGGACACGGG